AUGAGGCUCUCUGUUAUCUCUACUACAUUGACAUUGGCUCUGGCCUCUGCCAACCCUCACUAUGGGCAAUGGAAGCCCGCUGGGGCAAAUGACUUUCGAGGUCCUUGUCCCAUGAUGAACACCCUAGCAAAUCAUGGCUUCCUUCCCCACGACGGCAGAAACAUCACACGAAACACUAUCAUUGAAGGACUAUCGGCGGCCCUCAACUUCAACGCCUCACUCGCGAGCCUGAUGUUUGACAUGGCUAUUGUUGUUAACCCCGAGCCCAACGCUACAUUCUUUACUCUUGAUCAACUCAACCAACACAACCUCUUAGAACAUGAUGCAAGUUUGAGUCGGACUGACGCCUACUUCGGCAAUAACCACGUUUUCAACGAGACAGUCUUCGAAGAAACAAAGAAGUAUUGGACUGGACCCACCCUGGACGCCAAUAUGUUAGCCAACAGCAAGUUGGCUCGCCAGAUCAGCUCUAAAGCAUACAAUCCCACCUAUACAUUCACGUCGUCGAUGGAACAAUUCAGUCUCGGGGAAGUUGCUGCUCCCAUUAUCGCAUUCGGCGAUAUCCAAAAUGGAAAGGUCAACAGAACUCUGGUGGAAUAUUUCUUCGAAAAUGAACGUCUCCCGACUGAAUUAGGAUGGUCCCGACGGGAGGAAGUUGUUGGCUUGGUGGACAUCACGGGCGUGACCCAGAUGAUUGGAAAUGCUACCAAUCUUAUCACUCCCUCUAAGGAGUCUCGUGCGAGAAGACGCCGAGACUUGCAUUCUGGUCUUGGCUUGUAA